AUGAGGGCGCACAAGUAUAAGAUUCCUUUGCUUCUAGAAUAUGUUGAUGACUUACAAUCAAAUGACGUUCCUAACCAUAGCAUUAGAAACAUAUUAAGAGAUAUGCAUGGAGGCGAGGAGAAUAUAGCGAUGACAGAUCGAGAUUUGGAAAGCCGCAUGUAUGAGAAAGAAGACUUCAAGGAAAAUUUUAAUUCUGUGCUAAACCAUCCACUAACACCAGGAGAGUUCGAGGAGGCAUGGAAGGAACUAAUAACAGAAUUUAAUCUAGAAAAAAAUAGUGCACUUCAGAGCCUUUAUGAUCAACGCAGCAGGAAGAUGAAGGUAUCUGCAGAGACUUACCAGGGAACGAGCAAGACGCUUACAAAGAGCAAAUGGGAAUUCGAGAUACAAAUGGGAAGAAUUUACACUAGAAAUGUGUUUAAAGACUUUGAGAAGAAAAUAGUAGACUGCACUGCAUAUAAGAUUGAGGACAAUACUGAAGCGGGAAGAAAUUGCUACCUAGUAUGUCACACAAACAAGACUGCGAAGAUAACAUGGGGGCAACACAAAUUCAAAGUUAGGGCAGACAAAGAGAACGGUGAUUUAAGCUGCGAGUUCAGAGAAUGGGAACACACAGUUGAUAAAAUACCUGUGAAGUACAUUUUUAAGCGAUACACCAAGUUUGCAAGAAAUGAAUUGGCAUUUAGCAAGGAAGACAAGCAUUUGACAGGAGCCGAUGGCAACACAACAAGCUAUAGAACAAAGUUGCUAUUGACCAAGAGCACAAAAGUUGUGCAAGCAGGUACCAUGUCGAAUGCUGCGUUCCAAAGAGCAAUUGAAGAAACAUUUAGGCAAUAUGAUAGGGAGAGGGGGGUCAGCAUGAUGUGUGGGGGCACGGAGAGGGGGAGCAGGCAAACAAAUAAUGCACUUGGCACAGUAAUUGACACAUGUCAUGAUCAUGUUGAUAGAGCAGCAGCAGAGGGAGUUGGAAAAGGAAGAUGGGAUGGGAGAGAGAAUAGGGAGUCCAGUGUCCAGAACACUAUAGGAGCACACAAUGUCGUCGUAACACAGGAGACGGGGAUUUCAAUGGAUCGACCACCUCAAGCAAAGACAAAGGGACAUUGCAAGACAUCAUCAGAAAAGAAUGAAGUCACUCUUGGAGCACAAGGCGAGAAGAAGGGAAACAGAAGAUUCAGCGUUUGUCACCUCUAUUCAACACAAAACUCAGUGACAUGCCCAACGUUGGAAAAGAAUAAAGACCGCCUUGAAGCGAAAAAGAAUAAAAAGAGGGGCAGACCUACAGGAGCAAAGAACAAGAAAAACAAGUCUGAUCAUGGAAAUGAUAGGAACAUGUAG